UCUCAACAACCCAAUGACUGGCAAUGAUUUAUCACAAGAAACGAGUCAUAAUUGUUGCCCUUAUCUUCGCUUCUGCUCCGGCAUGGAUGGUUUUUGCCUACUUCACUAUCACUUUCCAUAAUCAGGAACGCCCAUCAGAGCUACAAAAUGCACCUACCUUGGCAAAUACUGCCCCUAUAGUCAUUAUGGCAGCAUUAAAAAAUCAAACAGAAAUCAACGACACAGAUGACUCAGAUGUAGACGAAACUCUCCAUCAACUGAUUGAUUUUAAAGACUUGGGGAAGGAUAAGAGAGCAGUAUUGCUAUUGAUCAUCGUUUCCACUGCAACAGCAAGAUUUGAGAGAAGACAGGCAAUAAGAGAAACAUGGUGGAAACAUUGUUCUGGCAAUCAGACUCAGGUAAGCAGGCAAGAUAGGUUCUUUGUCGCCAGUUAUCUCACGAUCUCACGAUGAUGUUUCUUUCAGUAAUAACAUUGGUGACGAAUUACUCCUUAAUUUUGGCCCGAAAUUUCAGCGUUAAUUUGUAAUUUCACAUAUGAAAUUACAAAAUUGCCAUGGCGACCCUUCCGUACGUCUGAGGGUCAAGAUGGCGACGAAGUUUUAAAAUGUCAUGAAUGAAGAUGUCAGGGCACAAAAAUUAAAGACGCUUUGGAAAAACUGAACACACAAGAGAACUCAAGAAGGAUGCUAAGAGGUAUUUUGCCGAAAAAGUCUGAAAAAUUCUGAACUUUAUAAGCCAAAUUUAAGGUCUAAACAUUUGAGAGAGUGGAGUUCUCGAUCGAUACGUUCCAGGAUAGACAUGUCAAAAAUCCAAGAUUGCUAACGUAAUUCGUCACCCAUGAUAUUAAUAGGUAAUCAAAUGGUAUACUCGUGAAACUAGGGCAUAAUUUCACUUGCCUCUUGUCCAAAUCCUAAUAAUUUCCUUCGCCUAAAGGCUCAGGAAGUUAUUAGGGUUUGGACAAAACGCGCGUGAAAUUAUUCCUUAAUUUCACUCGUCACCAUUUGAUUACACAUACUUAUUCACAGCGAAAUUUUCUACCAACGACGAAGACGACGGCAAAAAGCAAAAAUCAACGGGUUUAGAUUAGCAAAACAACAACUUUGCACGAGCAGCACCCUUUGUUUUUUGCACUUUCUUUAGUGUCGUUCAACGACCUCGACGUCAAAUUUCUUAUUUCCCGUUUUACACCGAGAACGUGAACAAAAGACACCGAUUCGGAACCUGGAUACAGUCCUUUUGGAAUAAACCUUCAGAGAAAUUCGCCAAAAUUGGACAAUUAAGGUGGCUCGAUACAGUUUUUCAGAGUCAAUACCUCCCAAGUUUGAGCAUAAACUACGUCACCAUAACCAAAGACUUGGAAAAAUUGCCACCACGGUUGUAUUAGAUAAAGCACAGGUAACCCAGGCUCUGUGAUAGUACCACAGUACAGUUCUAGUGAAAUUACAGUGUUUGUAUGGGGUAAAAAUAUGAUCUUAAAAUUUGUAGUAAAUACUAAAUAUAAGUCAAUGAAACUUACCGUGCAGUUAGUUGUUGUUGUCCUUAUUGCUCCAACGAAGUUGCCUAGGCCUCAUUUUCUUGGCCGCCCGUUGAUCUGGCCCGGUUACUUCUGCGAGCAUAUUCUCGGCCUUUUUGGAUUACAUCCUUCGAGUUUGUCAAAGUCUGCGGGAUUCGUUUUUCCAUCUGGGAAAGCUUCAUUGGUUUCUAUAUCUGCUGAUAUCCUAUUACUACGAUCCUGGCAUGUUUAUUUUCUGUUGGAGUUCGAAUUUCGUGGAAAAAGUUGUGUUGAAUGAGAGCAUGGCGGCGAAGAUGGAAUCUUUUGUCUCCUACUGCUUGUAUAUUAUAAUUGUAUAUAGAGUGAAUUUGAACAAAUUAGUACAAAUUAUCACGAAACUUCGUUGGAGUAAUAGGGACAACAACAACUAACUGCAACGUAAGUUUCAUUGACUUAUAUUUAGUAUUUCCUACAAAUUUUACGAUCGUAUUUUUACCCAAUACAAACACUGUAAUUUUACUAGAACCAUACUGUGGUACUAUCACAGAGCCUGGGUUAGCUGUGGAUAAAAAUGAAAAUUUGUUAUGAUCAAGGUUGCAACUACAUCGGAGUUGUCAUAGCAACGAAAUGACGCUAUUACCUAUUUUACUUGCAGCAAUAUAUCUCGGCCGCUAGGAACUGUUCUUCCAAAAUCGUUCGCGGUUUCUUUUUCCUUUAAUAGCGGCCUCGAUGCUCGUCAAGUUUAAGCCAAAUCUGUAAGAGCGUUAUCGCGACUAUUAUGGGAUGAAGUCUUUUUUUAUGGCUAGAAACACAGUUAAAAAUGGACAACCUUGAUGUUUGGCCGUUAUCUGUACAAAACAAAGCGCUUUAGACAUGCAAUUUUACCUCAUGGUAGUUUCAACCUUUUUAAAAACGUUUGUGAAAGAUCAUGGAGAUAACUCCAGCCGAUUGCUAGAAAGAAGGAUUUGAUUACUAGGUAUCGAAACGCUCUUGUUAGCGGUUUUGUAAACAUUUAGGUCUUCUUUAACAAAUUAGCGAAUAAUUUUUAAACCGCUCGAUACAUUUUUUUUAAAAUUUAAGAUUCUCGAGACUAACUUUCCUUUAAUAUGACCUUUUACUUUCAAUAUUAUUGAUAAAUUGUAAGGCAGUAAAAAAAGGGCUACAAUUCGUUUUUUUUUGUUCCGGGAAAGCUCGAUGUGGGAUUUCUAUUCUAUGGACAUGAAGUGCUGCAAGUAGAGUGCGUGAUAGUCAAGUACAAAGCUACCCGUCUAAACACAUACAUAACGUAGACGGGUAGUUAAAGUUGCUUCUGGUAGUAGUCGAAGGUUAAAUCAUUGAUAUCUCAAGUAUUUAUAAAGUGCAACACGGCUUCAUAUCUUAACAACUACGAAAAUCUAUCAAUUAAAUACAUACAACAGUAGUAUAGGGUGCACCACGGUUUCCACUUUUUUGAGCAGGAAUCUCAUAAGCGUGAGCAGGAAUAGAUUAACGCCAACGACGUCAUAGGCUAUUGUCUUGAUCUCAUGAAUAAAAUGCGCAGGAAUCUCAUUAAGAUAAGGUCGUGUGUUAUUUUUAGUUGGUUUAGGUUUUCUAGUUACUUUAAUGUCGAUAGACGUCUUCCUUUUCGAUUGGUUAGUUAGAAAAUAAGAAACGUUUUCAUUGGUUAAUUCAUAGUGUCUAAGGAGUAAAGUCAAACUUGUCUGUGACUUAAAAUCACUGAGACGUAACGUAAUUAUGCACUUCCUAUUUCCUGCUGCUGUGAUUGUCCUGUUACUUACCCCUCUCCUUUUCAUUUUUUAUUUUCCUCCUCCUCCACAAUUUUGUUAUUUUCCUUCCGCAAUUUUUUUAUUCCCAUUUUUCUUUCCUCCUCCUCCUCCUCCUCAUUUCUAUUGUUUUCCCUACACCACCACCACCACCACCGCCACAUUUCCAUAGUUUUCCCUCCACCACCACCGCCACAUUUCUAUUAUUUUCCCUCCACCACCACCACCACCACCACAUUUCUAUUGUUUUCCCUCCACCACCACCACCACAUUUCUAUUGUUUCCCCCACCACCACCACAUUUCCAUUGUUUUCCUUCCUCCUCCUCCUCCUCAUUUUUAUUGUUUUCCCUCCUCCUCCUCCUCCUCAUUUUUAUUGUUUUUCCUCCUCCUCCUCCUCAUUUUUAUUGUUUUCCCUCCUCCUCCUCCUUCUCAUUUUUAUUUUUUCCUCCUCCUCCUCCUUCUCAUUUUUAUUGUUUUCCCUCCUCCUCCUCCUCCUCCUCCUCCUCCACCUCUUCCUCAUUUUUAUUGUUUUCCCUCGAAAGGCCAAAGAGGCCAAAAUCAGGCCUAAACGGCCUAAAAGGCCAAACUUGCAGGGAAAACACCAGAAAUGAGGAGGAGGUGGAGGAGGAGAAGGAGGAGGAGGAGGAGGGAAAACAAUAAAAAAUGAGGAGGAGGAGGGGGAGGAAAAACAAUAAAAAUGAGGAGGAGGAGGAGGGAAAACAAUGGAAAUGUGGCGGUGGUGGUGGAGGAGGGAAAACAAUAGAAAUGUGGUGGUGGUGGUGGUGGAGGGAAAACAAUAGAAAUGUGGCGGUGGUGGUGGUGGUGGAAAAACAAUAGAAAUGUGGUGGCGGUGGUGGUGGUGGUGGUGGUGCAGGGAAAACAAUAGAAAUGUGGUAACAGUGGUGGUGGUGGAGAGAAAAGAUAGAAAUGUGGCGGUGGUGGAGGGAAAACAAUAGAAAUGUGGCGGUGGUGGUGCUGGUGGAGGGAAAACAAUAGAAAUGUGGUGGCGGUGGUGGUGGUGGUGGUGGUGGUGGUGGAGGGAAAACUAUGGAAAUGUGGUGGUUGUGGUGGUGGUGGUGGUGGUGGUGGAGGAAAAACAAUAGAUUUGUGGCGGUGGUGGUGUAGGGAAAACAAUAGAAAUGAGGAGGAGGAGGAGGAAAGAAAAAUGGGAAUAAAAAAAUUGUGGAAGGAAAAUAACAAAAUUUUGGAGGAGGAGGAAAAUAAAAAAUGAAAAGGAGAGGGGUAAGUAAAGCAUUGCUUGCAGUGUAUAAAAAGAGCUAGUUUGCCUUUGCCCUCUUUAAUAUACACGAUUUGUCCGCCAAAAAUCAGUGAACCGGAACAAGGACAAUCACAGCAGCAGGAAAUAGGAAGUGCAUAAUUACGUUACGUCUCAGUGAUUUUAAGUCACAGACAAGUUUGACUUUACUCCUUAGACACUAUGAAUUAACCAAUGAAAACGUUUCUUAUUUUCUAACUAACCAAUCGAAAAGGAAGACGUCUAUCGACAUUAAAGUAACUAGAAAACCUAAACCAACUAAAAAUAACACACGACCUUAUCUUAAUGAGAUUCCUGCGCAUUUUAUUCAUGAGAUCAAGACAAUAGCCUAUGACGUCAUUGGCUUUAAUUUAUUCCUGCUCAAGCUUAUGAUAUUCCUGCUCAAAAAAGUGGAAACCGUGGUGCACCCUAUACUACUUACAACAAAGUGAAUCUAUUAAACCGUGGAGUCCCAGAAACGUAACGCCUCAAUACACCACAAAUAGGAUUUCCCGCUAUAAUAUUUUCUUAUCCUACUCGGGGUAUUUACUUCAUAAUACGCGUGCAUAAUAACGCGAAAAUCAAGGGCCUCGAUUCGGGGAAAAUUACAUCAUUGCCAAAUAGCAAAAACGUAAUCAACUUACAUACGUCAUUUCAGUCAUCGCCAAAAAUAAACCGCAUGCUCAUCACGAGACUCAUUUGCAUACAAUGAAACUCAUCACCAUUCUUAUCCCCAGUUUCCACGUCUCUGCUAGGAACGCUUGGGAGCAUGGCGUCCUAACUGGUGCCCACACACAUACAAAAAUAAAGAAACGUCUGCAUUUUUAGUCUAGCUGUGCUAAAGCAAGCUCUACUAAAAAGCUCCUCAAUGAAUCAUUGGCGAAGGUGCCUUGGUUAUAAAUAGAGAAAACAGAAUUGAAAGUCGUGAAUCUGCUUUUCCAGAAAACGUUUAGUCUCAUCAUUUCAUCAUUUUUACCUCACCAAAGUAUGGAAUGUGUGUAAAAAGAGAGCUACACAACGGUAAGAAUACUAUUGACCAACAACAUACAGAACAGGGGCAGCUGUAGUGUCAACUAUGUAUGUGUAAUCAAAUGGUGACGAGUGAAAUUAGGGAAUAAUUUCACGCACGUUUUGUCUUAGGCUCGGGAAAUUAUUAGGAUUUGGACAAAACGCAAGUGAAAUUAUUCCCUAAUUUCACGAGUAUACCAUUUGAUUACCUAUUAAUAUCAUGGGUGACGAAUGACGUUAGCAAUCUUGGAUUUUGACAUGUUUAUCCUGGAUCGUAUCGAUGGAGAACUCCUGCACUCUCUCGAACGUUUAGAGCUUAAGUUUGGCUUAAGUGGUUCAGAGUUUUUCGACAAAAUACCUGUUAGAAUCGUUCUUGAUGUGCUCGUUCGUGAGUUCAGGUUUUCUAAAGCGUCUUUUUGUGCCCUGACAUCUUCAUUCAUGACGUUUUAAAACUUCGUCGCCAUCUUGACACUGGGACGUACGGAAGGUUGCCAUGGCAAUUUUGUAAUUUCACAUGUGAAAUUAGAAAUUAACGCUGAAAUUUCGCGCCAAAAUUAAGGAGUAAUUCGUCACCUAUGAUAUUAUACUAGUAAUACAUGUACUCUAGAGAACCGUUUCUUUCAAAUUUCGUCUUAUUCUCGUGCAUAUCUACGCAUAAUUUAUGAAAAGACAAAGGUUCACGUUCCCUGAGAGCUCUAUUGGGAAAACAAAACACACAAGCGAAAGAGGUCUAUUAACGGGCCCGAAAAGCUGUUGUCGUUUACAUUAAAGCUCGAGGUUUCAGUAGGUUUACAGAUAAUAUGAUAAAACUAUCAGUAUAUAAUCUGAAUAUUUGAUUUCGGGCCCGUAAAGUUACCGGGACUUUCGAGAAACGGGCCCCAGGAGCAUAGUCCUUGGAGUCUCGGUUCGGUCAAUCCUGGGCCGGGUUGUUCAAAGCAGGGUUAAGAUAACCCAGGGUUAGUGCGAGGUAUAAAUUCAGAUAUGAAAGCUUAAAAAUCAAAUUCAGUGUAAUUCUUUUAGCCUGUAAUAUACUAAAUUGAUGCUCUAUAACGAAUAGUGAAAAUUAUCCGGAAAAUGCUUUUGAACAAAAGAACAAGAAACCCAGAAUAAACCUUAAUCCUGAGUUACGACUAAUGGGCUUUCGAACAAGUGGGCCCUGGAGUCUACUGUGAGCUGUGACGUCAUCGACAGAGACUCGCCCGCUCUUUUCCAGACUUCGCGCGGACAACGGGCAACACAAAACGCCUAGGGACUAGGCUGAGGUCCCAGGGCUUUUCUCUUGGACUCUGGGAGGGUCCCAUCCCAGAUUUACACGAGAAAGGCCCUGAAGAUGGCUUACACGACACCCGGGACAUAAGGGCAGUUCUGACCUCGUGGGUGCAACUUGAAUUUUUCUUUCUUUAGGUGGAAUGCGUCUUCAUGACUGAUGGACUCAUAACAGAACAAAUUCAACAUAACCUUAUUUUAAAGGAAAAGGAUAAAUACAAGGAUAUUAAGCUUCAGCCUCUUAAAGGAGGCCGUGGGUGGUUUGGAUUCCGCUUCCUUAACCAAAUCAAAUGGGCAGCGGCGAAAUUUAACUUUCAGUACCUACUUAGAAUUGAUGAUGACUACUUCUUGUGCCCAAAAAGGCUUCUUUUUGAGCUUCCAUUGAGACCGAAACAAAAUCUAGUCUGGGGAUUUUUCCACUGUCAAAAAGGAAUCACAUGGGUGGAUGAUGCAUUUAUGAUAUUCUCCGAAGAUGUUAUUCAGAAGUUCUUGGCGCAGAACGAAAGCUCGAUGUUGUGUCAUCCACAAGCGGACCAACAAGUCAUGUUGUGGCUGAGCAGUAUUCUAAACAUAACAUACUUCCACGAUACCAGGUUACAUCAUCAGCCUCCAGCGUCAUAUGUUCCUCGAUUUAGUCACAUCUCGAAUGUUUGUGACUCCCAUUUAGGCGCGCAUGGGGCAUAUGGCAAGACCAUGUAUUAUCUGGGGCUAAGAGCUAAUGACAACGCUAAAGAUGUUUCAGCUAUUCCUGAUUUUGCAAAAUUUUGUAAAACCACAAAGUUUGAUCACCGUGCAUUUGGUGGUGUGUGGCGACAUGAACCCCAGCCCUGCAAAGAUAACCCAGCGUGGGACUUGGGAGAUAAAAUGUGGUUUGGUAAGGAAGUUGUUCAAGGAGUGUAAUCUGGAAAUUAAUUUUUUAAAAAAUAAAAACGAUAGAGGGCCGUGUUUUACAGGAUGUCAAAGAGUGGAAUUUCCUUGUCAUCUUUAAAUUCAAUGGUAAAUAAAAAUUUGAUACUGUUGUGACUAUUCAAAUGCUGCGAGAACCUUUAGCACAAUGACGCCUUAACCUUAUAUAUAUCAACGCGCCGAAACCAAACUAGAAGAGAAUUGUUAAACAAUAAAAAUGGAGGCGAUGAAAAAUGUUCGUAGUGCGCAUGUUUUUGACUUCAAAUUAUUAAAGGACUUUUAUUUGGUAUUUGGGAUUUAUUACAAAUUUCAUUUGAUUCGGGAAUUAUCUAUAGGUGAAGGGAAAUAUCAUAAAAAAAAAACAAUUUGACUUAUUUUACUUGGUGUUCAACUCCUGCACAUCAGCACUGAUCAAACGACAUCCUCUCCCGAAAUGAGAAAAUGAUUUCUGUUGAUUCAAUCUCCUUGGUCUUGUUGAAGGAUAAAGUUGACUGAAGAGUUACGUUAGAGUCACUUGUGGCAUUUGCCACGAUAUAUGUUUUUAGAUGAGUUGUUGUAAGCGUUCUUGUUGAUUGGUUUGAGUAAGCUACUUCACUACUAGUAGGUUUGGUUCCUAAGUUAAUUGAUGAUCGAUAGAAAGUUUCUCCUGACAUGAAUUCAGUGCAAAGGAGAUGUACCAAUUUGGUGCAUCUCCGCGGUAACACUUCUGUUCAUGAAAUAUGUUUAAUUAGAGCCUUUGGCAGAUGACAAAGCCUUGUUUAUAUUAAGUGUUUUGUCCAAUUUAACAUUUUUGACCUUAAUCUGACCUUGCUUCGAUAUUUACGAUAUUGACUUAAGCUCAAUAGUGAAAACUUCGGUUGAAGAGUCAUUUCGACAAAGCAAUUAUCUCGAAGGUUUUAUGCUAAUGAGACUGUUUUAACCAAUCGGAUCAGACUUACGCCAGCAUUCGGUUUGCACUAAGCAGCUAGUUUCCUGGCUGAUAUAAAAAUGGGUGUAACACUGAUUUAGCAGAGAAUUGUAAAAUAGGAGUUGAGUUAACUUAGUGACAUUGGACUAAAG